GCUACUGGCUGGGAGUUUUGGGCCAGAAAAAGCUGAUGGUCAUGCUCUGUCUUGGCCCUGUCCGGGGGACCUUAGAGCUACAGCCAUACGAUGAAGAUGCUGAAGCGCACGAGAUCUCGACCGUGCCAGGAACUGUUAUAAUUCUUCGUGCUGAUGGUAUGUGGCAUCGACACUGCGCACACUCAAAAGCGCAUAUCUUGAGCUGCUUUCUGGUCGGGCAAGAUUCCGGAGGCACGAAGCGGACGGGGCAGCCUUCCUGGGUGCCUCCAUGUGCCCGUGAUUUGGAGCAGUGGACUGUGGAGCGGAUGAGAUAUUUGAAGGAAGUCCAAUCAAAGGCACCAAAGGAGAAGCUUGACCUACCGGUUGGCUGGUUGACAGCCAUGAACCACAUGUUUCACACCGCGCAGCGCGUUGCUGUUAGAUCUAUUGCUGCGAGAUAUGCAAGCACAUGGGAUGUGCAAUCCUGGUACAUGUCGCAAACCGCCGGCCCCGACUUUGUUUCGGAAGUACCGCUGACAAGGUGGGACGUGAAUUUGUAUUACGAUGCCGACGUUGAGAACUGGCGAGCGUACAAGACUAUCUCUAGACACGGGUCUUUCGUGGAUGGAACAGAAUAUUUUGACAACAAGUUUUUUGGCCUGUCGCCGAUGGAAGCAAAGGGAAUGGAUCCCCACCAGCGUGUGGUCCUGGAGGUUGGUUACGAGGCUUGCCACGGGGCCGGCUACAGCAAGGGGAAGUUGAUGAACAAGAUCGGCGGUGUCUACCUGGGAAGCAGCUCGACAAUUUUUGGCAUGGUGUCAGAAGUCAGUGGAGCGACUGGUGGUGCUGCGAGUAUCAACUCGAAUCGCUUCAGUUUCUGUUUGGGCCUGAAAGGCCCCAGUAUGACCUGCGAUACGGACGGCUCAUCGUCCCUAACUGCAAUUCAUCUCGGUGGCGAAGCAGUCCUUCAAAAGGGCCAUGGUGUCAGCAACGAGUUCUCCUUAGCAGGAGGAGUUGCGUUUCAACUCGGGCCACUGUGGCUGCCGCAAAUGCAAGCUGCCGGGCUGCUGGCAGGCAUCGGUCGCUGCUUCACCUGGGAUGCAAGUGCGCAAGGAUACACACUUGGCGAUGGGUGCGGCUUCGCUGUACAGAAGCGAAUGGCCGAGUGGGUGGAUGGAAAGCAAGUUUACAUCGAAGGGGAGCCCCUCGUUGGAAGCAUUUGUGGAAGCUCCUGCGGGAGCGUGGGGAUGGCAGCAGCGAUGCAUGCCCCACACGGACCGUCGGAGCAGGAGAACAUUGCACAAGCGCUGCAGACAGCAAUGCUAGAUGCGCUGAACAUUGAUGCCGUGGAAUGCAAUGGCCAGGGAGCUUUGCUUCGAGACGCUGUCGAAGUCGACUCCCUUUUACGUGUACUGCGUGGCGAUGAUGUUCAGGCUCCGCUGACACUCACGUCAGUGAAGAGCCGCAUGGGCUUCGCGACAGAGUGUGCUGGCAUUGCCGCACUGCAUCGUCUCCUCUUGUCUGCUGUUUGGGGCGUCAUUUCUCCAAACAACCAUCUCCAGCAACUGAAUCCUCAUCUGGAGUUCGAGAACAAGGCCGGGAUGCUCACAGAGCCGCAGGAAACAGCGCUGCGCAGCACCUAUAUGGGCGUGUCGGCUCAUGGCUUUGGUGGCACGCAGGUCCACGUAAUUUCCUAUGGCCACAGUCAGCAGAUCAGGACGGUACCGCAGCCGGAGCGCAGUCGCAACGUUUUCAACUUCUGGCCCGGUGGCGGAGGUGAGCUUGAAGAGGAGCAGCAACCAUUGCGCGGCUAUUUCAUUGCGGGGACUUGGACAAAGUGGAGGGCCAUCAAAAUGGAGAGUGAAGGUGAUGAGACCUAUGGAUACACUCUUGUCCUUGGAGAGAAUCGCUGGGAAGAGUUUCAGAUUCUCCUUGAUGGUGCCCUGGCAUUCCUCUGUCGGACUGGACUUCCGUUGCGUGAAGUGACGAAAGAAGGAGCGGCAAAGUUUUGCAUUUGUUUGGGCUGUAUUUAUUUCUUGCUUUCCUAUGUGAGUGAUGUGCUCCGGUCUCCCAUGUACUACACGAUUGGCUAUACUUAUGAGUGGAGGUCAACUCAAGCGGGUGAGCUCCAACUGAUGGAAGUCGGAAGUGGCGAUGUUGGCAUGCCCGGGGACAAGUAUCGUAUCAGGCUUCGGAUUGCUGGGAAAUACAGAACGGUUCUGUGGGACAAGCUUCCCACAGAAGACUAUGAUACAGCAGCGGAUGCUCCCGAGGGUGACUACCACAUUGUUGGGAGCUGGAAUGGCUGGUCGCCUGAUCCAUUGUUUCUUCGAAACGAGAUCUGGUCUACAGAGGUGGAGUUGACAAAGAAAGGAGGCGACUUCCAGAUAUUGCGGAAUGAGGACUGGGGUCAGAUGAUCGCUCCACUGCACGAAAAGGCUAGUCCUUCCGAUGCUGGUCAAGGACCGGAUCGCUGCGGCCGGUUCCGGGGCUGUGCUUGGAGUUUAGACGGGCAGCCUGGGGACGUUUUCCGGAUAUCGUUCAAGCGCCAGUUGAUCAAGGAUUCCUCCGGUAGACUGGACGAUGUAAAGCAGGUCUCCUGGGAGAAGUUGCGGGAGGCUGGCCCUUCCGAGACGCUGUCUCUCAAACAUCAAAGCGGCACUCUUGGGGUCAUUGGUUCGUGGAAUGGGUUUGGCAGAGUGCACAAGAUGCACGCAGAGUUUAUGGAUGGACAAGUUGCGUAUGUCUUCUACUUUGAACUUGGUCAAAGCGGCGCUGAAGGGUUUCAGUUCGUCAACGAUUCCGAUUUGACGAGAGUUAUCCAUCCCGACCGUCUGGUGGCUCAAUCAGGCGGUGUGCACAGGGCCGUGGUGUCCUCGAUUGGCCACAUUGACCAGGACAAAGUUUGGGCAGCCGGCUUGGACGGUGGUUCACCUGGCGACGUGUUCAAAGUCGACGUCCUGGCAGUUGGUGAUGUCGUCAGCCGCGUUACCUGGAGUCAAGUGAGCGAUGGUGCUGUACCAAGGGACCGCGAGAUUUGUGGGCCGCUGUGA